AUGAGUGAAUUCAAGGUCUGGACUAGAUGGCGGCCGCUUGAGGGAAUCGAGGCACCCACUGGCGAGAUUCAUUGUCAAUCACAGGAAGAUGACAGCCAAUCGCGCUCACGCAUUUCUAUCACCUCACCGCAUCGCGCCAAGAGCCUUUUAAAGCGCGAAAAUUCGUGGACAAGUGGAUUUUCAUUUGAUGGAAUCUUUCGGCCCAAUGACAGCAACCACGACGUAUUUGAGCGUGUCGUCUCAUCCGCUAUACCAGAUGUACUGCGCGGGAAAUCUUGCAACUUCUUUGCUUAUGGCCAUUCAGGAAGUGGUAAGACGCAUACAAUGAUUGGUUACGACUUCGAACACAAGAAUGAGCUUGGCUUGUGUUUGGCAUCUGCGCAUCAUCUGGCGAUGGAGCUUAUCGCUAUUAAUGCACGAAGUACUGCUUCCAAAUUUGGUAUUGGUCUUCGAGUCUAUGAGUUGCGCAAGAACAAAGCUAUUGAUCUUCUCAAUGAAGGCAACGAGUGUUUUGUCCGCGAGGGGCCAGAUGGUCGCCUUCAUGUGCGGGGUGAAACUGAGCUACUUGAGAACGGAAAGGUCAGGGUGCGCCCAAUUACCACCAAGCCCUGCUGGAACUUUGUUCAACUGCAAGGUGAGCUCCAACAGGGCUUGAUGCGCAGGCAAACUGCGACGUCAUCGAUGCACGAUCAGAGUUCGCGUACACAUGCUAUCAUGGAGCUAGAAGUAAUAACAAAGGAUUUACUUGAGGCUAGAAUCCAGGUCAAUGAGCGGCAAUCAGAGCUUGUGCCGGUCGGCAAAAUUGCGACAGAUAUUUACAUUGAAGAGCAAACCCGCGGCAUUAUUUUAACGGCAGACGGCAAGUAUGUUUCGAAUCCCGAUUACAAGAUCGACCAAGAGCGCAUCGAUGCAGCUGAGACGAAAAAGGCAGAGUUUGAAUCAGCCGUGCAGAAGGCUGAAGAGUAUGAGGCGGAAGUCUUCACAGCCACAGCUCGAGUACAUCCAUGUAUUGGGGGUAAGCUCGUUUUUGUGGACCUGGCAGGAGCAGAGUUCCUCUCUACCUCGAAUACAAAUGCGAUUGAACAAACAGCUCUGGAAAAGCAACAAGGGAAGCAAAUCAAUACUGACCUUCUUGCCUUGAAGGAGGUUAUUAGAGCUAGGUCUCUCGGUCAAUCACGUAUCCCUUAUCGAUCUUCGCCCUUGACCAUGGUGCUGCGGGAGCACUUCGAAGCAAAACCCGAUACACGCUCAGCUAUGAUAUUGACAGUUUCACCCAGUGGGGAUCAAUUCGGAGCGACCAUGAAUACAUUGAAGUACGGCGAUCUUGUUGGGUUGGCAAAUACUCGAUCUUCAUUCCCUCCUUCUAGUGGCCAAAAGAAAGAGCAACAUAUUUCAAGCCUGCACAAAAAAUGA